CGCGUCUUUUUCCCGGACCGGUGGUGUGUGUUGCCCUCGUCCCCUGCGAGUUUUGCAAGCACAUUCCCAACAGCUGGUGCAAUGGCGUACCAUCGAAUGCAGGACGUCGCUUGUUUCUGCGGGGGCGUGCCCCGACUGGGAUUCCCGGACGCAGCCUCCGAAGCGGUGCUCGAUGAAGCAGAGAUCAUGGUGGGGGGCGGCCUCGUCUUCAACGCGGCAGGGGUGUCAGCCCAGCAUUCACUCAAAGCCAGGAGGGGAGAGAGCAACGCGGAUGCUUUUCUCUGCAAUCAUACUCUGCUAGGUGUGGCAGAUGGUGUGUCGUCUGUUGCGGAGGACGGUAAGCUGCUCGAGGGAAGAAUCCGUCCUCCGCAACGUCAGGCAGGGAUAUCCAGGGAUUGAAAUGGCAUUGCGUUUCUGUUGUGCUGCAGGAGUCAACCCAUCCCAUUUGCCGAACGAGCUGUUGGCUCGCUGUGAGGAGCUGUGGGAGACACGUCAAAAGGAUUCAGACGCCUUUGACAGUGAAACGCACGCCACAGUGCGUGCCCUCAAAGGAGACAUAGAGACGUCUGCCAGCGAUGUGGUCGAGAAGGGGCUCCUCGGCCGGUCUUUCGUCGGCUGUAAGCAUCUCGGGGCGACCACGUGUGUCCUGACCUUUAUCUUUGGAGAGCAGCUGCGGAUCAUCAACAUCGGCGACUCGAUGGUUCUGCACCUGCGCCGGAGCGAGCUGAGGCGGUCCUCAGGAGAGGGCAAGAAGAGGACGCUUACGAGCCAGACCGAGGACGAGACGCUUCCAUCGACCGGCAUCAGCAGCAGCCGCUUGGACACCACCGCCUCCCCUUAUUUCGUGCUCACAUCGUCCACGCCGCAGCACCACUUCUUCAACUGCCCCUAUCAGCUGACCCGCAUGUAUGAUGUCCUCAUGGACGACGAGUCCCUCUUUCGGAGCGUGCUGAGUUCGGCGGACUGCUUCACGUCUCCUGCACGCCCCGGAGACAUCGUCAUUCUGGGCAGUGAUGGACUUUUCGACAACGUAAAGGAUGGACCAGCAAAUCACUUCAUGGGAUUGAUAUCAUGGUUGUACAACGUUCGUUUCCUUCAGUUGUUUUUGAGUGACAUUCUGGAUCUUGUCUCGCGACACUGCCACGACAGGUCGUCGCAUGGCAUCCCCAGAUGCCCACCGAAGGUCAUCGCUACAGCCCUUCUCCACGUGAGAAAAAACCGCCCAUGUAGCGCCACUCCACGCGCUUCGAUAUUUCAUGUCUCUGGCUUUACUUCACAGGCUGCUCUCGAUGCGGCUGGGCCCGCUCCCUGCAAUGGCACCGGGUCGAGGCCGGCCCGGGCGGACACCUUUACCCGUGACUGGUCCCUCCUCUGCGGCAAUAUGAAGCCCCGCAGCCCUGGGUACCCCCAGCUCCCUCCCACCAAGGGGGUGACCCGGCCCUACGCCACCCCCUUCUCAAAGGCAGCCAAAGAGGAGCUCGGCAAGCAGAUCAACGGCGGCAAGCCCGACGACACGUCAGUGGUCGUGGGCUUCAUCGUCCGGGGCAAUAAUGAGAGAUCGCUCGGCUUCAGUGUGCCGGGGAUAGCGGACGAGAAGGCAAUCGAGCUACUGCAUGACGGCAAGAGGCAACCGGCUGCCGCUCAGGGAGCAACGGUUACGGCUGCGGGCUCCGGCCGUCGGGGUGGGGCUUUGGCUGCUCAUCAGUCUGUCUUGGUUGGCGUCGACCCCGCCCUGGCGGACAUGAAAAGCUGUGCACUCCGUGACGCCGCCGCAGAUGAAGGGCCCUUCCGCAAGUCGGCCGCCUCCUGCAGAGAGGGAGACAUCGGCAUUCCUUCUUCCCCGCUUUCCGCUGUGACGCCUCGCAAGGCGUCGGCUGCCAAAGGCUCCAGCGCCAGCAGCAGGGGCCCCGGAGCGAUAGAGAGCAAUCGGAGACAAAACUCACUCAACGUGAGGGUCCCUCCCCUGCCAAUCAAGACAGCGAAGCCGGCCCUCCCGCCGAUGGGGCCCCUGGCCAAAUCAAGGACCCAGCACAAGGGGAGAAGAGGGGGAGACACCAGGGGAGGGCCUUUCAGGCCGAAGAAACCAGCCAACCUUUCCAACCAUCCGACACACAGCGCGGCUCCUCCAUUCAUGUGCCCCCUUACCGAUGGCCCUGCCGACCCGGCACCACCCAGCACUGACUCUACCAUCCCUGUCAUGCAGGACCUCUUUCUCGUCACUCCGCGAUCGCCAGCGCGAGACAAACAGCCGCCGGCUGUGGCAGCGGCCGCUCGGUGCAUGUUGCCGAGCAGCAGUAGCAGCAGCUCGAGCAGCUCGAGCGGCGGGAGAGAGAGAGGUGCAAGAGUGGACAGGGAUCCGUGUUUGGUGUUGAGCGAGAGCGACCUGAAGGACAUAUACAGUUCGGUGAGAGAGGAACUGGACAAGUGAAUGAGUGAGUGGGCAGGAAUUCAGAGAGAAAGUGUUGCUGUAUGUACGAUAUAUAGCUGCCUCUGCCGAUACCCACUACCUUGGCAAAGAAGCG